AUGGGAAAGAAAGCAGGGUAUUUGGACCCAGAUGAUGAAAAGCUGAAGCAGGGACAGCAACAGCUGAUCCAAGAUUCGGCCAAAUGGAAAGGCCCAAGCCACAAGGAGCGGCGCGAAAAGGAGGUGAAAAAAGCCAUGAAGAAUCGUGAGAAACCUGAAAGGGCCUCUUGGAAGCAGCAAGCAACCGGAUGGUUCUUCAUCGUCUUCAUUUGUGGUGUCGGUUUUGUGUCCUUCCUUUUCACCAUGUCCGACAUCCUCAUCGGCAAUGGCAUUGUGAAUCUGGAUGUCCAAGACACCAACAAGUUGAAGACGGUGCUCUUCGGUGGAGAUCCUUGGCUGAUUUACUGCGUGAACGACGACACGGUGAACUACCGCUUGCCGGAGGUCCUGGAACAGUCGGCGCGGAGCUUGUAUCGAAGUCUGGGGGUCUCGGUGGGCGUGCUGCGCUGUUGGGAGGAAACGGCCAGUGGUCGCAGCGUGGCACAACGCUUCAAGUUGAAUUUGAAGCCUCCCUUGUCCUUCGUGGUGGCCAAUGGCAAUAAGCCACGUGUCUUGCCGCUCACGGGGAUUUCCAAGUCGGAGCACUUGGAGAAACGGAUUCGUCCCGCUUUGAGCAUCGAGGCGGUGCGUGUGGAUGCCUUGAAGAAGUGGAGCUCCUGCACCUCGCGGCGCGCCUGCUUGGUGGUGGGCCACAAGAACACCGCGCAAAAAGACACGGCCAUGAACGUGGUGAAGCCGUUGCAGGAGAAGUUUCGAGCACUCAAGGUGGUGACCUUAGACACGGCCUUUUGGCAGUUGAAGUUGGAAGAGAGUCUCAUGCGGACACGUUCCAAAGAGCGGCAUGGUGCCGAUGUCAUGUGCCUCACACGGGAAGAUGUGCCAGGUGGAAACUCCACCUUUGGUGGUGCCUUUUUGUGGAGCUUGGAUAGUAGCAGUGCCCAAGCUUUUAUGCAAAACUGUGUGGAUCACCGUGACAUGGUGCCACUCAAAAGCUCGCCCAAAAUCAAAGCCCGGCCAUCGCCCAAGCCAAAGACGGUGGUGCCCGACGCGCCGAAGCCCAAGCCCUCGAAACCGAAGCCGAAGCCGAAAGACACGAAGAAGAGUGCGAGUGCGCGGGUGGAUCAAGUGGGAUCACGGGAGUCUUUGGAGAGUGAAGAGCCACUUUUUGAGGCGGUGGAAGAAGAUGAAGAAGAGGAGGAAGAGGAAGAAGGCCGUCCGUACCGCCCCGUGCGCGAAGAAUACGCCGCGGUGCGUUGGAUGAGUUCGGCGUCGAAGACCUUCGCCAUGGGCUUCUUCGCCCGGGGCGCCCAGGGUUUCGGUCCCAUCGGAGGGGUUCGGUCGGUGAAACGCGUUGGUGGCAUCGCCUUGACCAGGAUGCCAGCGGAACUGUUGGUCUCGGAGAUCGGCCACAACCUGCGCUUCAAGGGCCACUGCGUGGUGAAACUUGGAGUUGAUGAGGAUGUGCUCGAGCAGGCCAGUGAUGAAGCGGUGGACUUGAAACGAGCUGGCAAACUGCAAGCGUCCGCCCUGCCCAGCCGUGCUGAUGACGAAACGACGCCGCCACAGCAGCUCAUCGAUGCCUUGUUGGGCCCAGAGGGCACCAACGAGUACUGCAGAUUGGAUCAGCUGCCGGAGGAGGGCGAUGAGGAUGUGGAAGUUGGCCCGGAACUCUUGGGGCUCAACCGACGCAUCACCAAGAUCGCAGGUGCCAGCAUCGCCUUUUGCGCCAGCGAAGGCUAUGACAACUGCAGCAAGUCGGGCGAAUACUUAGUCCGUGGAGGCGACUACUCGGACGAGGUAGCUGAACUUACAGAGGAGAGCUGUAGCGAAUGGCUUUCCUUGUUAAACCGCGCUCGGCUGAUGCUGGUGUACAUCUUCGGGGAAGGCCGAGGGCAGCUGGAGCUGCUGCCCUUCGACGAGGACUCCGACUCGGUGGAGAUCGCGACGGAGCCAGACAUGCUUGUGAUCCUCCGUGCAGAUCAGAUGCACCACAAGCAUCAAUCGAGCAGAGGUACAUUUUCCAUCCUCAGCUGGAUCAUGGCUGCAGAGAACUCCACCACCCGGGGAUGGACGGGUGGACUUAGCAGGACCUUUGGCGUCACCAUUCCCACUGCCAGGGAACUGGUCGAGUGGACGCAGAACCGUCUCAAGGAGUUGCUGGAGACGGAAGCUCUUGACAAAGACGCCGACAUCCCUCGGGACUGGCAGCUGAUGAUGCGCCAUAGUUUUUUCCGAAACAACCGCAGUCCCGUGGCGGUGCGGGGAGAGGCAGGGCAUAUGCCGACCACCAACAACAAUCGCGUGCUGUGGGAUGCCAUCAAUCAAGGAUCUGAUUUUGUGACGGACGUCCCCUACCACCGUUGGGACCACGAGCUCUACUACGACGCAGAUCCCAACUGCUGGAUGCAGGCCGGUCGAAAUCGGUACUUCGCAGCAAGAUUGGAAGAGAGAAAGCGCGAUCUUGGAAUUCUACAGCGUAGUUAA